AUGAAUCAGAACGAACAAGUCUAUGAAAAGGAAGUAGAACAAGCAACUGAACAAAACAAACAAACUUUAAGAAUUACAAUGGUUAGUAAGAAUAAGACUGAGAUAGAAAAGGUUGCUUAUACUAUCUAUGAAUUAGCUAAGAAAGAAGAUCCAACUUGCAAAGGACCCGUAUCUAUUAAAAACAACCGCUUAUCUAUUACUACUAGAAGAAGUCCUUGUGGUAAUGGAUCUAAUACUUACGAUCGAUUCUCUAUGAUUAUUCGUAAGAAGCACAUUGAUAUUACUGCUACUUAUGAUGCUUUUAAGACUAUUACUUCUACUGUUUCUAGUCCGGAAGUGUUCAUUCAAGUGGUUAUCAAGGCCUAA